UGUGCGCUGGGGAGGGUGGGGGGAAAAGGGAAACGCCAGGCGGUGCUUGGAGCUGCGCUUUCCAGCCGGCAGGCCUUUCUCGCCCGGGGAGGUAGCCCGGCUGUGUGGACGCCAUGUCUGCGGAGAACCUGGAGCCCGCUUCGGCGGAGGAGCAGAAGGAAAUGGAAGAUAAGGUGGUUAGUCCUGAGAAGGCUGAAGAAGCGAAGUUGAAAGCAAGAUAUCCUCAUCUGGGCCAAAAGCCUGGGGGCUCGGAUUUUUUGAGGAAAAGACUUCAGAAAGGACAAAAGUACUUCGAUUCUGGGGAUUACAAUAUGGCGAAAGCAAAGAUGAAGAACAAGCAGCUCCCUACUGCAGCUCCUGAUAAGACUGAAGUCACAGGUGACCACAUUCCUACUCCACAGGACCUUCCACAGCGGAAACCAUCUCUUGUUGCUAGCAAGCUGGCUGGCUGACUAGGCUGGCAGAACUGCAUGAAUCUUCUUAUUCCCUUAAUCUUUCCUUAAGUUUUAUUUCCUCACAUUUUUGUUUCCACUAAGUCAGGGGUCUUCAACCUUGGCAACUUUAAGACUUGUGGACUUCAACUCCCAGAGUUGACGUCCACAAGUCUUAAAGUUGCCAGGGUUGAGGACCCCUGCAGUAAGUCAUUGACUGACUGCUUAGCAGGUAGUGGUAGCGUGGGCUGCUAUUGUAAGAGUCCAUUUAAGAAUUGCGUAAUCCUUGGAUGAGUUGAGAACAAUGCACUGAUUUUUUUUUUAAAAAAAGGACAUGUUUUGUUAGAGCAAUGUAAUCUACUUGAAAAAUGUACAUAUUACCCGUUUGCUAGUGUAGGGCUGGUUCCAGCAAGUGACAAAGCAAGUUUGAAAAAUUUUAAUGUUUUGGCGUUCCUUAGUUCACUUUAAUUACAGUGUAAUAUGUUUGUAUCAAAUACAAGUUCCUUUUUUUUCUUGUGUUUUGGUUUUGUAAAGUAGAGGUUUUAGACAGUAAGUUCCUAGAAGGCAAAGCAUGUAUUAAAAAUGAUGGGGCUCUCACUAAAUUUGUGUAUCUACUCAUGAACUUGAAUGGCCUUAAACCUACUUCAGCUUUAACAAUAGAUUUUUACUUGAGCAAUAUUUGCUCAUUUUGGUGUAAUUCUUGUAAACUUUGUGCUUAUUGACAACUGUCUGUUGAAGCUGGUAUUCUUUUUGGUCCUGUAGUAUAGAACACAUUUUUAAAGUGGAUGAAGUAUGCAUAUGCAUAGACUGCAUUCACUUUUGUGCCAUGUCUGUAAAUAAGAUAGUUUUGCACAAUUUUUGCAAAUAUGUUAACUACACUUUUAAAAAUGUGCCAACCAGAAGCACAAAUUCUGUCUUGGAAAAUCAUCAUACUUAUUUGAAUCAAAACCUCCUUAGCGAAAAGUAAUAGACUUGUAUGCUUAAAAUCUGGAAAGUGUUGAAGCACUAUGGAUAAAUUAGCUUUACCAAUACAUUUUCCCAUUAAUUGAUUCAGUAUAAAUAUUUCAGUAUAAAUAUUUUCUCUAUAUAUACAAAAUAGUUUAUCUGAAAUAUUCUAUUUAUUUCAAGGGACUAAAUUUAAACACAUUAAGCUUAAAAAAAAUUAAACACAUUUUAAAUCACCCUACAUAGGGACUUCUAGCACUAUUGUAUUUCUUCAGCACAUUUGAAAAUCUCUUUUUAAAAUUAAAUGCAAGAAGUUUAAAACAUGAAAUUAUGGAUAUAUCUGUGCUGCUACUGGAGGCCUCCAACAUUAUAAAAACAAAAGCAUCUGCUAUUUUAGGAGUAGUUAAAGAAUACAAGCUCUUUUUAGAUUAAGAAGUAAAGAUGGUAUUGGUUAGAUUUGAUAUGUUCUAAAAUUAUGAUGUUUUGUAAGAUAAGAGUGCUUUGUCAUUAUAUAUUAUAAAUAUGAAAGCAAAAGCAAUCGUAUCUUGGAUAUAAUUGGCUAUCUAUACCACAUAUAAAAAUUAACAACAAAAUACUAUUUUGUCUGUCUUAAAAUCUCAGAUUUACUUGACAUUCUCACGCUGGAAGUUUUUUGUAUAGUUUGAGAGAUUUGACAUUAGGCAAUAGAAGUUGGAUUUUUCCAAGAAUAGUCUCUGAAAGUAAUAAAUUUCUGCUGAGCAUCUUUUACAAAUAAAUUCAACAUUCAUACAAAGUAAAGAGUAAAUCAACAUUUUCGAAGGUAUUGGACGUAGCCUUGCUACAUCUCAAAUUUUAAAAAGUUACUUUAUACUGAUCUGAAUUAUUGUUAGCUGCAUGGGUGACAUCUGGAUACUUUGUAAUUUCUAGUUUAUUUGGGAGGGCUAUUUCGUCACUUCUCCCCUAAAGCUAUAUUUUUUUUCUUUUGUCUGGGUAGUAAUGACAUGAUAUCUGUUCUUGCUAUAAUCUGCUUCAAUUUUAUGUCCCAGUUAUAUUGCAAUUUGAAUACUGUGAGAGUAAAAUCGGCACCAGUAAAGAUACUUUGUAGGGAUAGAACUGAGAACCCAGUAUCUGAUUCAAAAAUAUGUAACAUUUAAUGGAAGCUGUUCCAACAAACGUUCAGUUUAUUUUUUAAAUAAGAGGUCGACCUUGUUGACUACCUUAAAAUGAUUUCCUAAUAGAUUGCUGCAGAUUAUAGUAAGGUGAAUUUGUUUGCUAGGUAAGGAAGUAUAUAAACUAUGUCAAUCUAAACAUUCCAUUCUCCUGCUUACAAGUUAUAUUUUUGUAUUGAUAUGACUGGGCAAAUGUUAAUGAUACAAAAAAACAUAAGCUGAGCAAUUAUAAGAGUUUAUUCCAGUACCAGUCUGCUUUGAUAAUGAAUCUCUGUCUCUAAUAAACCUCAGCAACUGAAGAUAGGUUGUUCUAUAUUAAGGAUGCAAAUAGUUUGAUUAGUAAUAAUUUCUCAGAAGAGAGAAUGGACAUCUGAGCUGCAGCUUAUUUCAACACGAUAAAGCUGUUAUGUUUGUAUAUAGACUGUAUAAUAUGAGUUUUACCAUUUGAUACCUUUUUUUCAGAGAUCUGCACUACAGCCUAACAAUCUGCUUUAGGCAGUGAUUAGUAAUGCUCAAGGAUGUCUGUACUCAAAAUAGGUAACAGCUUCCCAACUCUUCCCCAGGAGUUCAGUAAUUGUGUGUCAAAUGAUAAAAUUUUUCCCGCUUCUGCUCCAUCCACCGACUUUGCCCAUUGUUACAAGAAUCUGUGUGUGAACAUGUGUAUGCAGAGGCCACCUUAAAAAGUGCUCGGUCUGAUAAGUUCUUUGAUGCAUUCCAUAACCUGAGGCAAUGAAGAUUUCAGAUGCUCCCUACAGCUUUCAAUCUGUGUAAUAUGCAUAAUAAAUACAAUUAAUUUGUUUUCACUGCUCUGUAGAAAUUUUGUUUGGUGUUUUACUGAGUCACUCCAUACCCACAAUAACUGCCUUGACUAAAAGCAUUGGUUUCCAUGGAAUUAAUUUUGUAUUAAGGAAAAAGCUUCUGUUUUCUAAUAUGUAUUCAAUAUUAAACCUAUAAUGUUCCUGACUGUAACUCUAUACUGUAUACCUCAGUUCUUAUUUUUCUAAAAAUUGUAUUAAAUGUUAUGAUUUGAUUUUAAUACACCAA